AUGGACAAGAACGAGCGCAUCGUCAUCAUCGGCGCGGGGGCCUUUGGCCUUUCCACCGCGCUCAAACUCGCCCAGGACGGCUAUCGCUUCGUCACUGUUCUCGACAGAUCCAUGCCUCCCGUCCCGGAUGGCAGCAGCAACGACAUCUCCCGUGUGAUUCGGUUCGACUAUGGUGAUGCUGUGUACGCACAGAUCGCGAAGGAGGCCUUCGAUCUAUGGAAAACGCCCGAAUACAAAGAAGCCUUCCAUCAGACACCCUGCAUGUGGGUAUGUCAGGAAGGGACCCCCGAGCAGCCCGUCCAGCCUCGUGCGGCGGAAUACAGCGCCAAGACGAAAAAGGUGCUCACGGACAUGGGCCAGGAGUGGCAUGCGGUGCCUAGCGUGGAAGACGCGAAGAAGCGGUUUCCCGAGUUGACAGGACGACUUGCGACCCCUGGCUUUGACGGGUUCGUGAACAACAAUGCUGGCUGGGCAGAUGCCGGUCUUGCGGUUCAGCGACUCGCUAGUCGGUGCGUGUCUGCGGGUGUGAACUUCAUCACCGGUCCCAGCGGCCAGGUCACCGACUUUGAGUAUGGUCCGGGCGGAGAGGUGACUGCUGUCAAGACGGCCAGCGGCAAUCGAGUUGCGGGCGACCGGUUUAUCGCGGCGACGGGGGCGUGGACGGCCAGUCUUGUGCCUGCGUGGAAUUCCAUGAUUGCAGCUGCGCAAAUCGUCGGGUACUUGCGACUCACGCCGGAGGAAAUGGUCAAGCUGAAGAACCUUCCUAUCUACUUCAACUUCUCCACGGGCUUCUUCUGCUUCCCUGUUCAUCAGGGCACUGGAUAUCUGAAGGUGGCCGUUCACGGCUUUGGGUACACGUCCCAGUCGCAGCAGAAGGCCGUGUCUGCACCUCCCAGCUCGGCAGUGUCCACCCGCGCCAACUUCAUCCCUGCUGAUGGUCUGCAACGGCUCAUGGCCGGCUUGAAAGAUCUCUUCCCAGAUCUUGCCCCGCGAGGCUUUGAGCGGGUCGGUCUGUGCUGGUACAACGACACGCCGACGGGCGACUUCAUCUUCGACUAUCACCCCGAACACAAGAACCUGUUCAUCGCUACUGGCGGUAGCGGACAUGCGUUCAAGUUCCUUCCCGUGAUUGGCAAAUACAUCGUUGGCAGUCUGGAGCGUAAGCUUCCUACCGAACUGUUGGAGAAGUGGAAGUUCCCCACGCAGUUCCGUCAGCGUUUCCAGCCGGAUGUAUUCACAGGCGAUGGAAGCCGCGGAGGACCGGCGAGGAGAGAGCUGACGCCCCAGGAGCGGGAGACGUUCAAUGCUGCCCUCACAGCGGCGUCGGCGGCGAGACAGAGCAAGAUUUAA